AUGGCACCGAAAGCGAAACCAUCCGAUAAGAACAGGGAUAAGCAAAAAGGCUUGGAAGUAUUCAGUGAAUCUGCUAUGAGGAACAACUUUAGCUCUCUGGAAUAUAGUAGGACAUGCCAGGCAGCGGCUUCUGGGAUGGCUGCAGGUAUUCUCGGACUAACAGGAAUCCCAGGAUUCAUUUUCUACUUCAUAACUGUAGCCAUUCAGGCUUUGUUUUGGGAAGCAAAGGCAGGUUUCGAAUGGAGAUCAUACUUUCUCGACCGCACACUUUCUGUGACGCAUUCCAUCGUCGGAGGUUUAUUCACGUAUAUUCUCUUUUGGGUAUUUCUUUAUGGAAUGGUCCAUGUAUAUUAG